GUGAGCCUGCAAUUCACUGAGCUCGAAGGCUUGCCCGGCAGCAACAUCAACCUCCACCUUUCCGCUGCCCAGAACUCCCUCUGCGCCCUCCGGGCGGUUGACGAGAGCGUCUUCCUCCUGAAGCCUGAAGCUGAGCUCUCUCCUCAAAAGAUUUAUGAUCUGCUGCCUGUAAAAAACCUCAGGGGCUACUACUACAAAAAUGAGAACUUGGAAGACCCGGACACAAACCCUUGCACGCCUCCCCAAAAGGUCGUUGUGGAUGGAAUUCGCUACAUCACCGACACCUAUUCUUAUGGUGAAGGAGACGCCUAUACAAUCCUCAAGGACUUUGGUUUGAAAACGUUUACUAGCGCCCAGAUACACAAGCCUAAUAUUUGCAUCACCAGAUCAGAUGUGCACUGUAAGAAUCUUAAGUGGACUGAUAGGGUCAGCGUAUCGCUGUUGCUUUCUCCUGACUACGACGCUGCCCCUGUGGAAAAGGAACAGGCUUCCUAUUGUUUGCCUGUGGACGGAAGGAAAACGGUCUCCUGGAAGGUUACUCCCAAAACUCUGGGGGAAGUCAACUUCACAAUAACUGCAGAGGCCCUGAAAUCCACCCAGCUCUGUGGCAAUGAAAUCGCGGAAGUGCCUCCCAAAGGACAAAGGGACAUUGUGAUCAAAACCCUCUUGGUCGAGCCUGAAGGAAUCGAGAAGGAAGUGGUGAUCAACAAUCUGCUCUGUGGAAACAAAGGCAGCCCAUCCGCAACUAUUUCCCUAAAGGUCCCAGAGAACGUUGUGGAGAAAUCGGCAAGAGCUUUCUUCUCUGUGUUGGGUGACAUCUUAAGCUCGGCCAUCCAGAACGUGCAGCAGCUUAUCCGGUUGCCCUCUGGCUGCGGGGAGCAGAACAUGGCCCUCUUGGCCCCCAACGUUUACAUCUUGGACUAUCUGAACGCAACAGACCAGCUGAACGACGAAAUCAAGUCGAAGACGAUUGGCUACUUAGUGGCUGGCUACCAGAGACAGUUGAACUACAAGCAUGCUGAUGGUUCCUACAGCACCUUUGGGGAGCGUAACAACGAGCCUGGAAAUGUCUGUUCUCAAAUGAAGAGAUACAUCCCUGUGGAGGAACGUCACCUGAUCGAAGCUCAGAACUUUUUGGCUUUAAAGCAAAAAUCAAAUGGCUGCUUCCAAGUCACCGGGACCCUCCUGAACAAUGCGCUAAAGGGCGGAGUUGAUGAUGAGGCCACUUUGUCAGCCUACAUCGCCAUCGCUUUGCUGGAGAUGUCCUUGCCCGUCACGCAUUCUAUGGUGCGAAAUGCUUUGUUUUGCCUGGAGACCGCCUCCCAGCAGAAAGACAUCCCCGUGUACAACCUGGCCUUGUUGGGCUAUGCUUUUGCGUUGGCUCACAAACAGGACAAGGUGGCAGAAAUACUCCACACCCUUCAAGAAAAGGCUGUGAAAGGAGACGACGGCUCCAUUCACUGGGAGAGGCCUGCGAAGCCAGAGGUGAAGCAGCCUUGGUACUACGAGCCCCGAGCUCCUUCAGCAGAGGUGGAAAUGACCAGCUACGUGCUCCUUACUCACCUGAAGAGAAGCCCAUCACCAUCCGAGGAGGAUCUGGCAGCGGCCACCAAGAUUGUGACGUGGCUUACCAAGCAACAGAAUCCUUCUGGAGGAUUCUCUUCAACACAGGACACCGUAGUGGCCCUUCAGGGCCUCGCCUUGUACGCAGCCGCGACUUUCUCCCGCAGCGUGGAGGGCAUCAAAGUGGCCUUGAAGUCUGGUGAGAACAGUCUGAAGGAAUUCCAAGUAGACAACAGCAACAGGAUUCUGCUUCAGACCCACGACCUGCCCAGCGUGCCUGGGGAGUAUUCGGCCGUCGUGACCGGGAAAGGUUGCGCCUACAUGCAGACCACCUUGAGGUACAACGUGCUCCCACACCCAGAGGACGACCCAUUCGCGCUGACCGUCGACACAAUUCCCGAAACGUGUGAUGGAGCCAAGGCCCACAAGCAAUUCGACAUUGUCAUGAACGUCAGUUACACCGGCAAGCGUCCAGCCUCCAACAUGGCGAUAAUUAAAGUCAAGAUGGUCUCUGGAUUUGUACCAAAUAAGCCCUCUGCAAAAAAGCUGGAAAAGCAGGCUUCGAUUAAGCGGGUGGAUGUAUCAGCCACUACAGUGGAGCUGUAUUUGGAGAAGCUGACCAACGUCACCAUGCACAUCUCGUUCACGGUAGAACGGAGCUUCGAGAUCCAGAAUCAGAGGGCGGCGUUUGUGCAAGUGUACGACUAUUACGAAGAUGAAUCCACCGUGGUUCCAUAUAGCGCCCCCUGCAGCAAAGCUAAGUCUGGGAACGCAUGAGGAACAGAGUCGCCCUCCACCGUCUCCCAGUUAGUCCCAAAGAUGCUUUCCUUCCCAACCUGAUGAGAAAACAACAGGCAGAAGACGGCCACCCAAAGACCCAAGAAGAACCAGGCGCCCUCUGGGCGCCUUCCUUCAUCGACCGCUUUGCGAGCUCCAAGGAAUUUGAGACACGCCACCGGCUUCACCUUCUCUCCACUUGGGUCCGGAAAAACAAACAUCUGGCAUUUGCUGUUGUCUCCUCUGAGGGGUGGAAAGAACGAAACAAAUAAAUAAAUG